AUGAUAGCAGUCCCUGAAAUAGGUGAGGAGAGUGACAGCAAGAGAAGGGCAACAGGCAGCAGAGUCGGCCGGCAGGAGCUGCUGAAGGGCAGUGGGCGGUGGGCCCGCAGCCCGGCGUGCCUCCGGGCUAGUGGCCAGAGCUCCGCUACCCUGCAUGGGGCGGAUUUCCUUGUCCUGGGGGGCUGCUUCGGGGUGGUGGGGCGGCAGGCUGCUAUGCAGCUCAAGCUGAAGAAAUGCAGCUUGCUGCCCGAGAGUGGCCACAGGGCUGCUUUUGGGCAGGCCCAUACCAACCACAAGAAGGUAGCAGCAGAUGGAGAGAGCAGAGAGGAGACCUUGAUUCAGGAAUCGGCCACUAAGGAAGAGUACUACAUGAAGAAGGUGAUGGAGUUGCAGACAGAACUGAAGCAGCUCAGAAAUGUCCUUGCCAACACCCAGUCUGAAAAUGAACGCCUUAAUUCUGUUGCACAGGAACUGAAAGAGGUCAAUCAGAACGUGGAGAUCCAAAGGGCCCGUCUGCGAGAUGAUAUUAAGGAAUAUAAAUUCCGAGAAGCGCGUUUGCUGCAAGACUACACUGAGCUCGAAGAGGAAAACAUCUGUCUGCAGAAACAAGUGUCUGUCCUGAAGCAAAAUCAGGUGGAGUUUGAAGGCCUGAAACACGAAAUCAAAAGGCUUGAAGAGGAAACAGAAUUUCUCAACAGCCAGCUAGAAGAUGCCAUACGGCUGAAGGAGAUCUCCGAACGCCAGCUUGAGGAGGCCUUAGAGACACUGAAGACGGAGCGGGAGCAGAAGAACAACCUUCGUAAGGAGCUCUCUCACUACAUGAACAUCAAUGACUCCAUGUACAACAGCCACCUGAACAUCUCUCUGGAUGGACUGAAGUUCAGCGAUGAAGCCACAGAGCCCAAUAAUGAUGAAAUCAUGAAUGGAUUUGAACAAAACUGCCUCAGCAAACUCAGCAAUGGCAAGAAUAGUACGUCAACGCCCAAGAAAAAUGAAAGCUUCCCUCCAGCCCCAAGUCUGGUUUCAGACCUUCUGAGUGAAUUAAACAUUUCUGAAAUCCAGAAGCUGAAACAACAACUUGUGCAGAUGGAAAGAGAAAAGGUGAACUUGUUAACAACGCUACAGGAAUCUCAAAAGCUGCUGGAAAAUACACGGGGGGCCCUCUCAGAGCAGCAUGAGAAGGUUGGAAGACUCACAGAAAACCUGAACGCAAUGAAGAAGCUCCAGGUCAGCAAGGAACGUCAGUCUGCCCUUGACAAUGAGAAGGACCGAGACAGCCAUGAAGAUGGAGACUAUUACGAAGUUGACAUCAAUGGGCCAGAGAUCCUGGAGUGCAAGUACAAAGUGGCUGUGGCAGAGAUUACUGACCUAAAAGAAGAGCUUAAAAAUCUUAAGGCCAAAUACAAAGAAUGUGAGUCUAAGUAUGAAGAAGAGAAGAGCAGAUACGAGACCGAGAGCCAAGCCCUCACUGAAAAGAUCACUUCCCUAGAAAAAUCCAGUAGGCAUGAUAGAGAACAAGUGGCCAGACUGGAGAAGGAGCUGAAGAAAGUCAGCGAUGUUGCUGGAGAAACACAGGGCAGCCUCAGUGUAGCCCAAGAUGAACUAGUCACCUUCAGUGAAGAACUGGCCAAUUUAUACCACCACGUCUGCAUGUGCAACAACGAAACUCCAAACAGAGUGAUGCUGGAUUACUACAAGGAAGGUAAAGGUGGACACAGUAGUCCAGAGGCCAAGGGGAGAAGGUCUCCCAUUCUUCUUUCUAAAGGGCUGUUAACUAUAGAGCUAGGGAAGGCAGAGAAUGGAAGUGGUGACAGCAGUCCAUCUCCGGUGUCAUCUCUGCCGUCUCCUGUGUCGGAUCCUCGGAAGGAACCAAUGAACAUUUACAACUUGAUCGCUAUAAUCCGGGAUCAGAUCAAACACCUGCAAGCUGCUGUGGACAGAACCACUGAGCUGUCCAGGCAGCGUGUUGCCACUCAAGAACUUGGGCCGGUGGUGGACAAAGACAAGGAAGCUCUCAUGGAAGAAAUCCUGAAGCUGAAGUCCUUGCUGAGCACCAAGAGAGAACAGAUAGCAACUCUGAGAACUGUGCUGAAGGCCAACAAACAGACUGCAGAGGUAGCCCUUGCCAACCUGAAGAGCAAGUAUGAAAAUGAGAAAGCUAUGGUUACGGAGACGAUGAUGAAGCUGCGAAAUGAGCUGAAGGCUUUGAAAGAAGAUGCUGCUACCUUCUCUUCCCUGAGGGCAAUGUUUGCUACAAGAUGUGACGAAUAUGUCACACAGCUGGAUGAGAUGCAGCGGCAGCUUGCAGCGGCUGAGGAUGAGAAGAAGACUCUGAACUCCUUGCUUCGGAUGGCAAUCCAGCAGAAACUGGCACUGACCCAGCGCCUGGAACAUCUGGAGCUAGACCAUGAGCAGUCCAAAAGGGUGCGCACAAAAUCUGCUUCCAAAGCAAAGAGCAGUAACCCUACUCUGUAGGGUAGUCCCCGGAGAACGCCUUUCCAACAGUGCAACAGCAUUUCUUAGCCUCUUUCGUUGUGGUUGACAGUGGUAGCCCAUUGCACAAAGAAUGGAAGCCACUGACCUGAUCCUAACUUUUGAAAACACCUUUUUCCUAAAUACUACCUGAAAGGUCCCUUUUCUGCCUGAAGCUAUAAAACAAACGGGCUUUACCUGUAAGUGCUGCUGCAGUAAGAAAACUUACAAGUGCUGAAGAAGCCUUCUUCACAUGUAACGACCACCGUGUUGGCUUGCGAGCUACCGGGGACGCGUGGCUGGGGGAAUUGCUUAUGUCAUUGCCGAUGGUCAUUUUUUAUCAGAUUGUUAAACCUGUGCACUUUUGAUAUUUUGAUAUUUUUCUUUCGCUUCUUUAAUUCCUUAUGUAGAAGAGUUUAUAUAAAUGCAGUGGUUUGUGCUCAUCGUCUCUCUCCAGUUUCGGCUUGUGAUUUUUGAAUUCUACAUCAGCAUGUGGCAGAGAUUUGAGGGGGGCUCUAGACUGAGGUUAGAAAGAGUUUCAACAGAAGCCAGGAGCUCUGCUAAACUGUGUGCUGUGCUUCAGCAGCUUUUUUAUUGUUAUGAAAUGUUAAGCUUUAUAUGUUUAAAUUACAGAUUAUUUUUUUUUUUUUUUAGUUGCCAUGUUCAUUAAGAAAUCCAGGGUAUUUGAAU